AGACUUGAGCUAACAUCUGCAAACCACUUCAAACCAAGAAACCUCCUCAGUCAGUUUUAAUCCUCGCGACGUUCGAUUGUUAUAUGAUGGCGGAGACCAAGGCGGUGGCUGCUGCGGUGGAGGCGAGUCCGGUGGAGGUGGAGGAGGGCAGGAGCAAGACAGUGGAGGCGAGUCCGGUGGAGGAGGGGAGGAGCAAGACGGUGGCUGCUGCGGUGGAGGAGGGGAGGAGCAAGACGGUGGUGCUGGUCGCCGUGGACGACAGCGACGCAAGCUACCGCGCGCUCGAGUGGGCCGUGCGGCACGUGGCGGCGACGGCCGGCAUGGCCGGCGCCGGAGCGGUGGAGCUCGUUGUCCUCCACGCCAAGCCGCCCACUUCCCUCGCCGUCAACAUGGGCGGCCCCGGCGUGCCCGGCGACGUGGUGGGGUUAGUGGAGGAGGACCUGCGCAAGAAGGCCGAGGGCGUCGUCGGCAAGGCGCGCAGCCUCUGCGCCGCCAACUCGGUGGAGGCCGUGGUGGACGUGGUGGACGGGGAGCCGAAGCACGUCCUGUGCGACGCCGUCGAGAAGCACCACGCCGAUCUGCUCGUCGUCGGCAGCCAGGGCUACGGCGCCAUCAGGAGGGCAUUGCUUGGGAGCGUGAGCGACUACUGCGCCCACCACGCGGACUGCUCUGUGGUGAUUGUCAAGCAGCCCGGGUCCAAGAACUGAUCGCCAUUUUCCGGUGUUGGAUCGAUCGUGCCCAGUUCCAGUGUUGGGAUUGUGCCAUUUGCGUGCCUACACAAUGUAUCCCUGCCUAAUUAUUUCUGCUCCAACCGUUGUAUUCUCUCUGUUAUUUACUCUGCAUAAUACUAGCAGUCGAGCUUUGUAAACUUUGAUUAAAUUUAUAUUAAUAAUGAUCUAAAUGAUCUUAUAUUAGUUUACAGAGGGAGUACAAUAUACCCAAUCAGCACAAUAAAUUCGCCGUUGAAAUACAUUUUCACAUUAAA